UUCACUGAACUUUAAGAAGGAAAGUUGGGGGAGCUUUAUAUAUAGUGAAACGAGGAAGGUUUUGUGAGGGGUAACCCAUGUCAUUGUCAACAAGCACUGGGAGAUGCCUUAAACUCCUGGAGAAAUGCAAGAAUCUGAAGCAACUAAGCCAAGCUCAUGGCCAAGUGAUUACAUGUGGGCUUGGGAACAACACUUUCGCCCUCAGCAGGCUAUUAGCCUUCUGCUCAGAUCCCAAUCUUGGAAACCCAACCUACGGAUGGAGAAUCUACGAGAGAAUUCAACAACCCACCAUCUGCAUUGUCAACACCAUGAUCAAAGCUUUCUUGCUCAAGGGUGAGCUGAGCAGAACUAUGGAGAUGUACAAGCAUAUGCUCAAAACUGGGAUGUGCCCAGAUAAUUACACACUUCCCUAUCUGUUAAAAGCUUGUGGUAAUAUGGAAAGUUGUAAUCUUGGGAGGUCAAUUCAUGGGCAAUGCUUAAAAUUUGGAUUCUUGAUGGAUAGUUAUGUGGGGAAUAGCUUGAUUGUAAUGUACUCUAGUCUUGAUGACAUGGAAUCUGCACAGUGUGUGUUUGAUGAAAUGCCUAGCCGUUGUGUGGUGGCUUGGACAGUUCUUAUCUCUCGGUAUUCAAGAAAAGGUGAUGUCUUUGAAGCAAGAUUGGUUUUUGAUGAGACCCCAGUGAAGGAUAGGAGAGUAUGGGGGUCUAUGAUAUCUGGGUAUGUACAGAACAAUUGCUUUAAAGAAGGGUUGCAGUUGUUUAGGCUAAUGCAGAUGACUGGGGUUCAGGCUGAUGAGGCAAUUCUGGUGAGCAUACUUUCAGCUUGUGCCCAUCUGGGUUCACUGGAUAUAGGCAAAUGGGUUCAUAGAUAUGUGGAGAAGCUGGGAAUGGCAAUAAAUGUGAGACUAGGCACAGCUCUUGUAGACAUGUAUGCGAAAUGUGGGUGCUUGGGUUUAGCCCAGAAACUGUUCUACGAAUUGCCCGAGAGAGAUGUUAUUUGUUGGAAUGCCAUGAUUUCUGGAUUCGCAAUGAACGGGGAUGGUGAAAACGCUAUGAGAUUAUUCCGAGAGAUGCAAAACGAUGCUGGGACUAGACCAGACGGUGUUACCUUCGUUUCUUUGUUCACUGCUUGCAGCUGUUCAGGAAUGGCACAUGAAGGUCUGAAGCUGCUGGAAAUCAUGUGCAACACAUAUAACAUCGAGCCUAAAGGCGAGCACUACGGGUGCAUAAUAGACCUUUUUAGCCGAGAGGGUCUGGUCGAAGAGGCGAAGAAUAUAGUUCUGAGCAUGCCAAGCUCGAGCGCUUCUGCUGUGGCCUGGAGAGCAUUGUUGAGUGCUUGUGCCAAUCAUGGGCGGGUUUGUUUGGCCGAGGCUGCUGCAGAGAGGGUUGUGGAGUUGGAACAGCACAGCGGGGCGUAUGUUUUGCUUUCUAAUGUUUACGCUGCAGCAGGGAAGCACGAGGGGGCGAGGAGGAUGAGGAAGAUGAUGAAGAAGCAGCAUAUAGAGAAGACACCAGGGUGCAGCUCUGUGGAGAUCAAUGGUUGUGUUCAUGAGUUUGUUGCUGGGGAGAAAACACACCCACAGAUGCAUCAAGUUCAUCAGCUUCUACUAAUGUUCAACAGGCAGGUAGACACUCAGUUCUAACUGUUAAGUUAUAUAUAUAUAUACGCUAGACUAAUUCUAAGCUCCCAGAACCUCUGUUCAAGAGGGUUGAAGGAGGUAAAUCGCGAGUUAGACGUUAUAAAUCGUGAGUCAUCCAGUAAAUUCUCAGUUCUCCUGACAAUUUUUUUGGACGUUUUGGGCCUUGCCGCUAAAGCAAGACUUCCAAAAUGACCAUUAAACAGUUAAAUCAUUGAGCUAAGCUCCACGGAACUGUAUUGUAUUUUUUAUUUCCCAAUUUUUCAUCAUUUCUUUCUUUGUUAUUAAUUGGAAAAAUGUACCAAAUAAACAUAUAUAUUUUUUUUCUCCAAUUUUUUGUUGCUCUAAUAAAAAUAGAAUUUCUUUAAUUUUUUUUCUUAUACAUUAAAUUUCCCAACUUAAACUAAUCUUAAACCCAAAAAACCCUAGCCCAAAGACACUGAAGAAAUUAAAUCGCGAAUCGCCCAAUCAGUCUUCAAUUCCGCCCUGCCUAUACAUUCUACACAGAGAAUCUUAGUCACUUCUAAUUAACUUUUUAGACUUUAGG